AUGAACUUGGCGGACCACUCCGACGAUGAGUUGAUUUUCUUUGCAUUUUUGCUAUUAGGAUUAGCUCUGUUUGACCCACUGCUGCACAUUCCAAGACGAAGGUAUCGCGAUAGCGCAUUAUCUAGGCAACAAUGGGUAAUCGAGCUUAUAAACGGGCAUCGGGACAGGAUCUUCGAGAACUUGCGCAUGGAUGUUCCCCUGUUCUUGCACCUGUGUAAUUUGUUGGUCGAACAGAAUUAUUGGCAGCAGCACCCCACACUGAGGGUGGGAAUUCACGAGUCAAAGGCUAUUGCACUGGUAUGCCUUAGCCACAAUGAAUGCCAUCGGCUUCUAUCUGAACACUUUAAACAUUCCCCGGAGACAGUUGAUCAACUUGUGAGGCGUUGCCUUAGAGCAUUGGUGCGGCUAGGACGAGAUAUAAUCAGACCAAGGAAUUACAAUGAAACUCAUCCACGGAUUCUGAACAGCGAGAUGUUUUAUCCCUGGUUCAAGGAUUGUGUUGGGGCAAUAGGCGGAACUCACAUCUCAGCCUGGUUCACUGCUGAGAACCGGACCAUUACCCGGAAGAGGAGGAGAGACUUAUCUCAGCAUGUGUUAGCUGCCUGUGAUCAUGAUAUGAGAUUUGUCUAUGUCCAAUGUGAUUGGGAAGGCAGUGCACAAGAUGCACGGGUGCUACAAGAGGCUUUGGUUGCUCCAGAGUCUAACUUUCCCAUGCCACCAGUGGAUAAAUAUUUCCUAGUUGACGCCACAUAUACCAAUAUGCCUGGGUUUAUAGCACCAUUUAGGCCUGCCCGGGGGACAGUACAAGCGCGUGCAACUAAAUCCCUUUUCAAUCGCCGCCAAGCAUCACUUAGAAGCGUGAUUGAACGCUCUUUCGAUGUCCUGAAAAUGCGAUUUCCAAUACUCAAAGGUCCAAUGCAGAAUUAUCUCAUUGCCACUCAAAACAACAUUGUCUUUGCUUGUUGUGCUCUCCACAACUUCAUGAGGGAGAAAGUGUCGAAUGACGACUAUUUUGCCGCUGGGGCUGCUGCCGGAGCAAUCGAAAUCGAAGAUGCUUAUGAAGAUGGUUACCAAGUCCCAGGGUUACAGCAAAUUAAUAUGUCGCAACAAAACAUGGCUGAGUGGAAUGAGGACUUCUUGAGUUCAAUUUAUCUAACGCCCUUUCUUUUUAGGAACCCACCAGCUUCAGUUGAUGACAAUAGAAGCAAUGACCAACAGUAG